UUCGUUAUUGAUCCCCAAUGCAAUGAAAACCUUUCCUUACGAAGUGUUGAGAAACAUUGGCACGUUUUUAAACCAAGUGGAACAAAAAGAAUGUUCGCGCGUGUGUCAUUCGUGGUUAGCUCCGUUUCGGGCUCUUGUUUUCCAAAAGGCUGUCUUACUUCACCUUUCGCAAUUGCAGCGAUACAAUGAGCAAGCAGCGUCGUUGAGGAGACUAACACAAUCGCUUCAUAUAAAUGUGCCACUGACAGAUGCCAUGUUGCUCGAUUUUGCAGAGGCCAGUCCCAAUGUGCACACGUUGACUUUAUUUGUUAAUUUGCUCAACAACCUUUCGAUUCCCAAAACGUUGACGGUCAUUCGUACGUACUGGCUAAAGAGUUUGACCAAGAUCCGUAUGGAUGGACUUUUGCUUCCUGAAGUAUUGCCUCUGCUCUGUCAUCAAUUGGAGGAUGUGACGGGCGACUGGCGUGGAUUUUAUGACGAGAAUAGACAGAUCAUCCCGAUGCCCAAGUUGAGGAUAUUGGAUAUUGAAGAUGAUUACAGUGCCAAUGAACGGAUGCUGUCCUCCAGACUAUUGAACAGUAUUCGUGUUGCCUACCCACAGCUUCGAAAAUUGUCUGUGGGCUAUUUCUUUGUGGGGACGGAACUAAUGGAGGAGGAAGGGGAGGAGUGGGAAGGUGAGUAUGCACCGUUUCCCUUUGUCAGGUCAUUUCAUAUCAUGAAUUGUGACGAAUUGGAUGAUGCGUACCCUAGUUUUCGGAAAUUGUUCAAGGGCCUGAAGGAGUAUUCGCUUGUAAGGUCAACACCGCAAGAUGAUGAAGAGAUUCGGUUGAAGACGUAUGCGGAUUUGGUUGUGGAUCAUCCAGCGAUUCAUACUUUAAAAAUUGAUCAUUGCACAAAAGACCCCGUAGGUCUUUUCGAUGUGCUUUCUAAAUUGAAGGACUUGCGAUCGUUGCAUCUGGAAUUGACGGGAGAGACAGGCGUGAUUACGAAGCGGUAUCGUAUCAAUCUAUCGCAGCUUUUAUUGCGACUUCCCCAAUUGAAGAAAUUAAACAUUUGGGGUCUGGCGCAUAUUGGUGUGGGAGAAUCGCUUGAACAUUAUUUAUGCGGAACCGCGGGAUUCUUCGAUGCGGGCUGUAAAGAAGAGGACGAGUAUGAAUCGCCGGAGAUGAUGUCGAGGGUAGCGCCCUGUGUGACAUACGAUUCUGAUGUGUUUGUAGGUGACCACCCUUACUUUGGCAACGGGGAAGAGCUGAUGACUGAGGGACUUCGUGAGGUGGUGGUAAAGAAACAUUUCCCGGAAAACGAUCGAUGGCCUGUGUAUGGCAGGCUCAACUUUUCUACAAGCCACAUGGUGCCAGGAUUCACAUGUCAGUUGACCAGUUUACAUCUUACCAUGACAACGUUACGAAAUCCCACUUUUCAGUGGCUGGCGUUGCAUUGUCCCAUGUUACAAGAAUUGUUUGUUCUUCAGUCUGAGCCGUACCCUUAUUUUGUGGUGGAGUUAGGUGAACGAUUACGUACGUUUGAAUGGUCGUUUGACGAACGCUAUAUCAAGUAUGGACCACCUCCGUUAGUGACUUUAAAUGGAAGCCGUUAUUUCCGAUACAUAAGCGUUACAGGCUAUGUCCAGGUUGAAACGGACAGUUUUCAGGAUACGUCGUUUCGAAUUGAUAUCCAUCAUGGACCCAAACUGGCAAGUUUAAAAAUAUGUGAACACACACUGUCUAUAAAUAGCAUCCAAGAAUAA